AUGAAAGAGAGGAGAAGUGUUAGUCCAACGAAUUGGCGUUCUGAUGGAAAUAUUGUUUCUAAACAAAUUCAAAUUGUGUCCCCCCAACAACAACAAUCAGUCUUUGCUUCAACAACUUUAAAAUCCCCUCAACUUCAAGUUUCAUUUGAUCCAUCAAUUCCACCUCCUCCAAUUAUUAAACAACAAAUUAGUCCAAUUUUGAAAAUAUCUGAAGAAAAUGAAAAUAAUUUAAAUAAAAAAGAAGAAUUAACAACAAAUUUGGUAGUAAAUAAUGAAAAAAAUCAGAAAAGUAAAAAUAAAAAUAAAAGAAAAAAGAGAAAAGCUCCAUUUUCUAUACUGAUAUCUGCUGAAGAGCAAGACGAACAAGAAGAAGAAGAAGGAAUAGAAAUUAGUAAAAAGACAAAAGAAAUUUCAGAGGAAAAAUGUGAGGAUGAUGAUAGUGAGGAUGCUUCAAAAGAUGAUUAA